GAAAUGUAGUCCCUGGACUGGAGGUCCCCUGCACUCACACUGAACCGACCACCACCACAGCCUGUCUUCCAGCCCUGCUGUUGACCCUGCUGUCAUUCUUGCUGACAUACUACAAGCCCUGAGCAGUCAGGUUCUACCAGGGGACCCGGUCUCCGCUUCAUGCUUUCUCAAUUAAAGCCGAUUUAUAUAACUGAAGUGUUGUCUGUCAUCUCUGGGAUGUGGGCACUGACAGUUGCUCUGAGACAGUAUCAGUUGUCCCCGCAGCUCCCAGAGAAACUCACUCAGUGACUAGGCCCAGCGAUGACCCCAGAGAAGCUGCUGCUUCUGCUGCUGCUAUUGGGGGUGCGGCUGACCCCGGGUGUCCGAGGCUCCGAGGCAGAGGGCCGGCUCCUCGAGAAACUUUUCUCGGGCUAUGAUAGCUCCGUGCGGCCGGCGCAAGAGGUGGGAGACCGCGUGGCGGUCAGCAUUGGCCUCAGCCUGGCACAGCUCAUCAGUCUGAACGAGAAGGAUGAGGAGAUGAGCACAAAGGUGUACUUGGAUCUGGAGUGGAAAGACUAUAGGCUGAGCUGGGACCCCACGGAGUACGAGGACAUCGAUUCACUCCGCCUCGCCUCCGGGUCUGUGUGGCUUCCAGACAUCGUGCUCCUGAACAACAAUGAUGGAAAUUUUGAUGUCGCUCUGGACAUUAACGUCGUGGUGUCCUCUGACGGCUCCGUGCGCUGGCAGCCCCCGGGCAUCUACCGCAGCAGCUGCAGCAUCCAGGUCACCUACUUCCCCUUCGACUGGCAGAACUGUACCAUGGUGUUCAGUUCCUAUAGCUAUGAUAGCUCAGAGGUCAGCCUGCAGACAGGACUGGGUCCAGAUGGACAGGAGCGGCAGGAAAUACACAUCCACGCAGGGACCUUCAUUGAAAAUGGCCAGUGGGAGAUUAUCCACAAACCUUCGAGGCUAAUCCAGCCUUCAGUGGACCCUAGGCGAGGCGGAGAAGGACAGCACCAAAAAGUUACUUUCUAUCUCAUCAUUCGCCGGAAGCCUCUCUUCUACCUGGUCAACGUCAUUGCCCCGUGUAUACUUAUCACUGUCCUGGCCAUUUUUGUCUUCUACCUGCCUCCAGAUGCAGGAGAGAAGAUGGGCCUCUCCAUCUUUGCCCUGCUGACCCUUACUGUGUUCCUGCUGCUGCUGGCAGACAAAGUACCUGAGACCUCCCUGGCUGUUCCCAUCAUUAUCAAGUAUCUCAUGUUUACCAUGGUCCUUGUUACCUUCUCAGUCAUCCUUAGCGUCGUAGUCCUUAACCUGCACCACCGCUCACCCCACACCCACCAAAUGCCCCUUUGGGUCCGACAGAUCUUUAUCCACAAACUACCACUAUAUUUGGGUUUGAAGAGACCUAAACCUGAGCGAGACCAGAUGACAGAGCCACCUCCUGUAGCUCUCAGAGAUGCGCUAGGAAGUGGUUGGGGUCGGGGAACAGAUGAAUAUUUCAUCCGGAAGCCACCGUGUGAUUUUCUCUUCCCUAAACCCAACAGGUUCCAGCCUGAAGUGUCUGCCCCAGACUUGAGGAGACUUAUCGAUGGCCCUAACCGAGCUGUGGGCCUACCUCUCGAACUACGGGAGGUCGUUUCCUCUAUCACCUACAUAGCUCGACAGCUGCAAGAACAGGAAGAUCACGACUCGCUUAAGGAGGACUGGCAAUUUGUGGCCAUGGUGGUGGACCGCCUCUUCCUGUGGACCUUCAUCAUCUUUACCAGCGUCGGGACCCUGGUCAUCUUCCUGGAUGCCACAUACCACUUGCCCCCAGACGACCCCUUUCCUUGAGAACCAGGGAGCUGAGACCCAAAUCUACUGCCAGCUGAAUUACAGUUUCAGUUCUGAAGCCCUAUCUCUUUCUAACCUUACCUCUUCACUAGGAAUCCAGUCCUCCUGUUUCUUUUCUGGGGAGGGUGUCCCAGUGGGACUGGACAAACUGUUAGCCUUGAGCCCUACCUGAAAUGCACUAUCGGUUUAUUUAUCCUUUGGCGUUUAAAGAGGCUCCUUUGGAUCUCAACACCUAAGUCCUCAAAACAAUGGAAUAAAGAGCAAUGACUAGAAUGUAAGCCUUGUGAAGGCAAGCACUGAGUAUAUUGAUUACUAUAAUAUAAAUUCAGCACCUAGCAUAAAGCCUGACCUUGACCUAUAGCAGGGGCUUAACAUUUGUUGAAGAUUUUUUUUCCUGGAAAGAAAUACAGUAAUUAAUAGUGCUUAUG